CACACCCACACACACACAGUAGCGGGCCAGCUCGCGCGCGCCUACCCGUCCCCUUUCGUGUGUCUUCCUUCAAGAUGACAGGGCACUGGAGAAAAGGCUGCUGGAGUCAGCUGAGCUCUGACUGCCUGACCUUGGGCUUUUUCUCAGCCUCUUUCCUGCAGGUGAAAGCCCAGCUUCUGUGGUUGUUAAUGCCUCAGCAGGAUUAUUUUCACUAAAGAUGGAAACACUGGAGUCUGAAUUGACCUGUCCAAUCUGUCUAGAGUUGUUUGAAGACCCCCUUCUGCUCCCUUGUGCUCAUAGCCUUUGCUUCAGCUGUGCCCAUCGUAUCUUGAUCUCCAACUGCAGCUCUGGUGAACCCAUUGAACCCAUUACUGCUUUCCAGUGUCCUACGUGCAGGUAUGUUAUCUCACUGAACCACCGGGGUCUGGAUGGCCUCAAGAGGAAUGUGACUCUGCAGAACAUUAUUGACCGCUUCCAGAAGGCUUCAGUCAGUGGGCCCAAUUCCCCAAGUGAGAGCCGCCGGGAGAGGACUUACAGGCCCAGCACCACCAUGUCUAGUGAGCGAAUUACUUGCCAAUUUUGUGAACAGGACCCACCAAGGGAUGCAGUGAAAACAUGUAUCACCUGUGAAGUCUCCUACUGUGACCGUUGCCUGAGGGCCACACACCCCAACAAGAAACCUUUCACCAGCCACCGCCUGGUGGAACCAGUGCCAGAUGCACAUCUUCGAGGGAUCACCUGCCUGGACCAUGAGAAUGAGAAAGUGAACAUGUAUUGUGUAUCUGAUGACCAAUUGAUCUGUGCCUUAUGCAAACUGGUGGGGCGUCACCGAGACCAUCAGGUUGCGUCACUGAAUGAUAGAUUUGAGAAACUCAAGCAAACUCUGGAGAUGAACCUCACCAACCUGGUUAAGCGAAACAGCGAACUAGAAAAUCAAAUGGCCAAGCUAAUACAGAUCUGCCAGCAGGUUGAGGUGAAUACUGCUAUGCAUGAGGCAAAACUUAUGGAAGAAUGUGACGAGUUGGUAGAGAUCAUCCAGCAGAGGAAGCAAAUGAUUGCUGUCAAAAUCAAAGAGACAAAGGUUAUGAAACUGAGAAAGCUGGCACAGCAGGUUGCUAAUUGCCGCCAGUGUCUUGAGCGGUCAACAGUCCUCAUCAACCAAGCUGAGCAUAUCUUGAAAGAAAAUGACCAAGCACGGUUUCUCCAGUCUGCAAAAAAUAUUGCUGAGAGGGUCGCUAUGGCAACUGCAUCUUCUCAAGUUCUGAUUCCAGACAUCAAUUUUAAUGAUGCCUUUGAAAACUUUGCUUUAGAUUUUUCUAGAGAAAAGAAAUUGCUGGAGGGGCUAGAUUAUUUAACAGCCCCAAACCCACCAUCUAUCCGAGAAGAACUCUGUACUGCCUCCCAUGACACCAUUACAGUCCACUGGAUCUCGGAUGAUGAAUUCAGCAUCAGCUCCUAUGAGCUUCAGUACACCAUAUUCACUGGCCAGGCUAACUUCAUCAGUAAGUCAUGGUGUAAUUGGGGCCUGUGGCCAGAGAUAAGGAAAUGUAAGGAAGCAGUAAGCUGCUCAAGAUUGGCCGGGGCGCCACGAGGCCUGUAUAAUUCGGUGGAUAGCUGGAUGAUUGUGCCCAACAUUAAGCAGAACCAUUACACAGUGCAUGGACUCCAGAGUGGGACACGCUACAUCUUCAUUGUUAAAGCCAUAAAUCAAGCAGGCAGCCGGAACAGUGAACCUACCCGACUAAAAACAAACAGCCAACCCUUUAAACUGGAUCCCAAAAUGACUCACAAGAAGUUGAAGAUCUCAAAUGAUGGAUUGCAGAUGGAGAAGGAUGAAAGCUCUCUGAAAAAAAGCCAUACCCCAGAGAGAUUUAGUGGCACUGGGUGCUAUGGGGCAGCAGGAAAUAUAUUCAUUGACAGUGGUUGUCACUACUGGGAGGUGGUCAUGGGUUCCUCAACAUGGUAUGCAAUUGGUAUUGCUUACAAAUCAGCUCCCAAGAAUGAAUGGAUUGGCAAGAAUGCCUCUUCAUGGGUUUUUUCUAGAUGCAAUAGUAACUUCAUAGUUAGACAUAACAACAAAGAAAUGCUGGUGGAUGUACCCCCACAGUUGAAGCGUCUGGGUGUCCUUCUGGAUUAUGACAACAACAUGCUGUCUUUCUAUGACCCAGCUAACUCUCUUCAUCUUCAUACUUUUGAUGUGACCUUUAUUCUUCCAGUUUGUCCAACAUUCACAAUCUGGAACAAAUCCCUAAUGAUCCUGUCUGGCUUGCCUGCCCCAGAUUUUAUUGAUUAUGCUGAACGGCAAGAAUGCAACUGUAGGCCACAAGAAUCUCCUUAUGUUUCUGGGAUGAAAGCUUGCCAUUAAGUUUCAAGUGAACAUAGAAUUCAUUGGCUCUCCAGAUCAGCAGUUCUUCCCCUCCUAAACUUCAGUUAGUGUCUAAUACACAAGAUACAAAAUAAAGUUCAUUUGAAGCAUCUAAAAUAACUAGAUAUUAUAGAUGUAAUUUUUGUGCAUUAAAGCUUACAUUUCUAUUAAUGUUUUGAGUUUCUCAGGAUAAAUUAUCUGAGUAGUCUGGGUUCAAGCCAUUGGAGAAAAAAUAUAGAGAAUGCCUCUUUUGUCAUUGGAGAAUUAAAAAUUACCAGUGAUUUAGAAGUAUAGAUUAUAUUGAAAUGAAUUAAGAUAAUUCUAGGUAAAAAUGUAGAAUGAUGCUCUAAACAAGGAGCUAGCUAUCCAGAAAGGAGGGUGUCAGCUCUUUUACUGGCCAAUUUGGCCCACUAGAAUUUUGAACUGUUAAAUGAUUGCAUAUAAUAAUAAUUGCUUAUAAUAAAAUCUACAGUCAAGGACAGAGAAAACAUGUAUAUAAAAUAUAUUAAAUGAAUAUGUUUAUAAAUAUAAAUAUAUUCAUUUUAUAAUCAUAUAUACAUAAUAAACUUUAUAAUUUGUUCAUUUGGUUGAGAAAUAUACUGGAAGGGAAAAAAAAAUUAUACCAUUCAUUUUUGUCCCCUAUAAGGAACAUAAAAUCAGUCAACAUUACUCAUCUCCCUACAUUCAUCUCCUUUUUUCCCUUCUGUCACACACACAUAUAUAUGCAGUAAUGACAUAGAUGGUAAGAAGAGCUCUAGAUUGGAUUAGGAGAGACUGAGGGACAACACUGCAUAGGAGAUACUAUUGCUGGAUAGAAAAUUGAUCCAGGUAGAAGUGUUACAUAUAAGAGUUUCAUCAAUACUACUUAAUAGAGGCAGUUCCUCUGAAUUGUUAAAAAUUCUGAGACAGAAUAUUUCAAAACAGAGUGUUUUUUAUUGUGGAGUAUAUACAGUUACUAAAAUUAUGCUAAAAAUAGAUGUUCUUUAAGAAUCUGCUUUAUUUACAUAAUCAGAGUGGAGUGUUAUAAAUACAACUAUUUGCACAUAAAUGUACUUGAAUUUCCUUAAGAAUGCCUGAGAACAGUUUGUCUUUUUUUCUUCAUUUUUUUAUUUUUAUUUUUUUAAAUUGUAGUUCAAGUACAAUUUUCUGCCUUUUACCCCCAUCCCAGCCCACCCCCCCAAGUUUGUCUUCUUAAACAGGUUAAAUAGUUAUUCCUUUUACAAUUUUGUUUAUACUCUUUAUCUGCUUAACCAACCCUCCAUUGCAAAUGCAGUUAUAAACUUUAUCCCAGUCCUUAUCACUAUCAUUGAAGGGAAUAAAGCUUUAUGGUUUGUACUUUUGUCAAUUCCACUACAGGGAUUAGAGAUGUCAGAACCAGAGCUUUUUCCUUUCUAGGAGCUGAGUCUGCUUCAAGGAGUCUACUUUUGGAGAUUUGUGAAAACAUUAUUGUUGUACAAAGUGGUAGCUGUAACAAGCCCCCAGAUUGGAGCAUUGAAACAAAGCCAAAACUCUUCUUUCUUUCCAUUACCUUGGUGGAUGUUGAUUCAUCAAUUCAUUCAACAAACUACUAGAUGCCAGGUACCAUACUGCUGCUGAAAUACUGAUAAAACCCAGUUUCUGUUGUCAAAUGACUUACUAUUGUGUAGGAGAGACAAACUAUGUAUAUCAAUCCUCUAAAUAACACUUUUGUAUUGUUUGUUCACAUAACAUGGAAAGCAAGGUGAAGACAUACAAAUAGCAGGCUCAGACUUACAUAUCUAAUGACAUAGUGAGCUUUUUGGUUUAAAAAAACCCCAUAUGUACUUGCUGCUAAAUCAGAAAAUGAGCAACCGCAAUAAGAUUCUGCAGUGCUAGGAAAUAGCUCUCUGUAAUGGAGAACUCAUUGCCUUUGGACAAAAAUAAAUGUAGUUCCCCUGCUGUUUACUAGUGGUAUGACCUAGGGCAAGUUCUUCAUUUCUCUGAAACUAUUUCCUCUUUUAUACAAUACCUACCUAGCAAGGCUGUUGAAAAGAUUUAAAAAGAUAGCCUGUGUAAACUGCUAAGCAUGGCACCUGGCAUUUAGUUAAGUAUAUAAUGAAUAUUAAACUCCUCCCCCCUACCUCUCCCAACCCAUGCCCCAGUAGAAUGUAGGGGUGUUUUAAAAUGUAUGCCUUCCAUUUCAAAGUUACUCUGGUCUCUCCUUUAUUGCCUAUCCUCAAAUUCUUAAACAAAACAAAUUAUUUUCCCCCUUCAUAAAACCUUUCACUGCCCCCUAUACCCCAUAACAUUCAGUAGAAGGUCCCAGUUACUUAGGAUGUGGCUUUUCAGGUCUGUGUGUUGUUCCAGCUUCAUCUUUGAUAUCACUUUCUCCCUCACACUGGCUACCCUAGCCAAGCUCAACUAUUUACACAAGUUGGUCUCUGGGCCUAGAACAGAGACAUAAUGAUUUUGAUACCUACAGGAAAUAAACAGUAGUAAUUUUUCUCAAGGGAAUAGAAUAAAAAUGCUAAAAGUGCAAAAAAUGUUUCACUUCCACCUCAGUCCAAUUUCCUUUACCUUGUCCUUGGGUCUCCCAUGCCAUUCUCUUUUUGUGUGUGCCCUUUGGAUUUUAGUGCCUUGAGAUAAAGUUUCAACUUCCUCACCCUACUUUUGAGCCUAGCCUGUACUACCUUUCCCCAUCCUCACCCUUCUUAAUCAAAUUAAUUUCUGAUCCUCUAGACUGGGUUAUGUUCUUCUCUUCAGAGCUCCCAUGGCACACUCAGCAUCCCUACCCUGCAUGCCUCAGUAAUAGUCAUAUUGGAUAGCAAUGUUUUUCCAAGUGUGGUCCUCAGGCCACCUGUUAGAAUCAAUUUUGCCAUUUGUUAAGAUAAUUGAUUCUGAGACCCCACCCAUGAUCUACUUAGAAUAUCUAGACACAUAGGUGAAAUUUUACAUUUUAAACAAAUUUUACAUUUUAACAAGCUCUUCAGGUAAUUCUGAUGCACACAAAUAUUUAAUGUAUAAUAAUCAUCUUCCCUACUAGAUUAUGAAUACCUUGAGGGUGGGGGCUGUGUCUUUGUUUUUAUUGUUGUAUUUUUAACACCUGACAUAGUGUGUGGAACAGAGCAGUUGCCUGGAUAAUGUUUAUUAAACAAAUGCAUGAAUGAAUGAGUGAGUGAAUAAUCAAAGUUACUGGUGUUUGUUGUUUCCUGGGCAGAAGAGCUUGGUUGUAUCUCUAUUUGGGCUAUACUGAUAUUAUUUUGCAGAUUUCCCAAGACUCAUAUACAUAAAUGAGCAUUGUCCUCCUCAAAAGCUCUUUGUAAGUUGACUUGGGGAAUUGUCUGGAGCAUGUGGUACCAUUCUUUUCAAUCACUUUUCCAACUUUGUUCUUUGAAGGUAGAUUUAAGUUUCAGUUAUAGUCAAAAAUCACUCAGAGCUAAGCCUACUGAAUAAAGUAUGAAAUGAAACUGGGUUUGAGGUAAGCAAUGAAGUUUCUAGGUCAAAUAAUGAAAUGAAAAUUACUUUCCAAGAAACAACAUGGUAACAAAGUACUCAGUGGGAGUGUGGUGUGCCCCAGAUACUUACUUUCAGUAAACUUAAGACUUUCAUAGGAUAUUGGCAAUGCCAGGAACCUUAAGAGAAAUCAUUGAGUACCUUCAACUGAACCCAGUUGAAGAAAAGGAAAUAGGACCUGUAUUUAAAUUAACACCUUCAAGGAAGGUAACUCCAUAAGUUUUUGUUGUUGUUGCUGUACUCAAUCUAUUCUACCACAAUCCUUUCUGCUAGCAAAUUGUUCUGUCUACAAUUUAUGUUUAUUUCCACUUUUAUACUGUCUUAUUGAAGAAAGCACAAAAUAAUAAAAAAUAAAGUCAAACCUGUUUUGA